GCCCCAUGGCCGGCAUGUUCGCCCGCGUUCUCUCCGCCCGAAGAUCCGGCCGCCUCCUGGUCCUGGCAGGUGCCGCCGGCUCGGUGGCAGCAGGAUUCCUCCUCUCCCGGGACUCGGUGCGCGCCACGGGGGCCCAGCGGCGCCUCUACCCGCCCAGUGCUGAGUACCCGGAUCUGCGCAAACACAACAACUGCAUGGCCAGCAACCUGACCCCGGCCCUCUACGCCCAGCUCUGUGACAAAACCACCCCCAAUGGCUGGACUCUGGACCAGUGCAUCCAGACAGGGGUGGACAACCCUGGCCACCCCUUUAUCAAGACCGUCGGCAUGGUGGCGGGAGAUGAAGAGUCCUAUGAGGUUUUUGCUGGUUUGUUUGACCCGGUGAUUGAGGAGCGACACAAUGGCUACAACCCCCACACCAUGAAGCACCCUACAGACCUGGAAGCCAGUAAGAUCAAGGCUGGCCACUUUGACGAGCGCUACGUGCUGUCAUCACGUGUGCGGACGGGCCGCAGUAUCCGUGGCCUCAGCUUGCCUCCGGCUUGCAGUCGGGCUGAGCGCCGUGAGGUGGAGAAGGUCACGGCGGACGCCCUGAGUGGCCUGACUGGGGACCUAGCUGGGAAGUACUACCGCCUCAGUGAAAUGACGGAGAAGGAGCAGCAACAGCUCAUUGACGACCACUUCCUCUUUGACAAGCCCGUCUCCCCUUUGCUGACAGCAGCAGGCAUGGCACGUGACUGGCCUGAUGCCCGAGGAAUCUGGCACAACCAUGAGAAAACCUUCCUGAUCUGGGUGAAUGAGGAGGACCACACCCGUGUCAUCUCCAUGGAGAAAGGGGGCAACAUGAAGAGAGUCUUUGAGAGGUUCUGCCGGGGCUUGAAGGAGGUGGAGCGCUUGAUCCAGGAGAGGGGCUGGGAGUUCAUGUGGAACGAGAGGCUGGGCUACAUCCUGACCUGUCCCUCCAACCUUGGCACUGGGCUGCGUGCUGGGGUGCACAUCAAGCUGCCGCUGCUGAGCAAAGAUAGCCGCUUCAGUAAGAUCCUGGAGAACCUGAGGCUGCAAAAACGUGGAACGGGCGGAGUGGAUACAGCAGCCACAGGGAGCACGUUUGACAUUUCCAACCUGGAUCGCCUGGGCAAAUCAGAGGUGGAGCUGGUGCAGCUGGUGAUAGAUGGGGUGAACUACCUGAUUGACUGCGAACGACGCCUGGAGCGAGGCCAAGACAUCCGCAUCCCGUCCCCUGUGCCACAGUUCCGCAGCUGAGCCCAGCUGGGCCCGGGGCUCUGCAGAGCACCAGCACACGUGGCCCUCCAGGGGAACUGCCCGUGAAGCACUGCACCCAUCCCCAUAAACCUCCAGCUGCUGU